UAAAGAGAAUGAGGAAGAGUUUAGAACAAGUGAGAGAGAGAGAGAGAGAGAGAGAGAGAAGUGGCACUUGACAGAUAGAGAGAGAAGUGAAACUUGUCUCGUGAAGCAGCAGGUGAGGGCAAAGAUAAAACGAUAAGAGAAAAAAAAAUUAAAGCUCUUUCCUUUCUCUUCUUAUCCUCUCUCUAGUCUGUAAGCUAAACCCCCUCUCCUUUCCUUUCAUUUCCCUUCCCUCCUUCUUUCCCUCCCUCAACACUCGCAUUCAUUCUUUGCUUCCCCCUUUUAUAUCACGAGAUCCCCAUCUCUUUUCCUUUCUCUCUCUGUCUCUCUGUGAUGUCUUCUUCAGAGACAUUUCUGGGUUUGUGUUUUGUUACAUCGCUCGUCUACUACUCGGUGUUUCUUUCUUUGGUCUCCUAUUCCCAUUCACAGACAUUGCUUACAGCAAUAAGAAUAGUGCUUUGAGAACUAGCUGGGGAGGGGAUAUCAGAGGCUGAGAUACAAAGAGAGGGCGAAAGAUACAGAUAGAAUUCACUUAGAGCUUUCAUUUUGUUUGGUUGCUGAGAAAAUGUCGCAUUCCAGGAAGCCCACUGGGGACCUGGGGCUCGACUCGCUAACCGAUCAGCUCCGUGACUCUCUUUGUUCUAUCGAGGCCAAUAAGCCUGAUUUCCGUGAACUCGAUCUGGGCUCUCCCGUUUCUCCUCUCCGAACUCGUGGACUUAAUGCUACCGCCACCACUGCUACUACGACAACUACAACCAGCUCCAGUUCUAGCUCCUCUGGAUCGGUAUCCGGCAGCCGAAAUGGGCACAACCCAGUUCUUAAAUCUGGUCAUUCCGGUGAGCUUUACAACUCCAGCGAAACCAGUCCUACAACGCCUCGCAGAAAUUCCACAUCUGUUACCCCCAGAUCCGACUCGUUAAUCUACUCGGGUGGCGGCAAUCAGAGCUCGGUGAACUCUCCAGCACCUGUUAAUGUACUUCCCACCGGGAACAUCUGCCCGUCGGGAAGAAUCUUGAAAACAGGUAUGGCAAUGAGCAAUCGGAGUUCCAAGACGGACGUUUUAGGAUCGGGGACAGGAAAUUACGGACACGGGAGCAUAAUGCGGGGUGGAGGAACGACGAAAUGCUGUAAUUUGGAUGCGGGAAAUUCGGUGGGUAGCUGUAGUACUGUCCGUGGAAAUGUUGGUGGCGCAAGGAUUGGGGGUAUGGAUCCGGAGGAGGUGAAGAGGGCCGGGAAUGAAAUGUAUAAGAAGGGCCAUUUUGGGGAAGCAUUAGCCUUGUAUGACAAGGCUAUUGCCAUGGCGCCGGGGAAAGCAGCGUACAGAAGUAACCGGGCGGCGGCUUUAAUGGGUAUGGGAAGAGUGGCAGAGGCAGUGAGAGAGUGUGAGGAGGCGGUGAGGCUGGAUCCUAAUUAUUGGAGGGCACAUCAGAGGUUGGGAUCUUUGUUUAUUAGGUUAGGACAGGUAGAGAAUGCCAGGAGGCACCUAUGCUUUCCAGGGCUUCAUCCAGAUUCUUCUGAAUUGCAGAAGUUGCAGUUAGUAGAGAGGCAUCUAAACAAAUGUUCAGAUGCCCGAAAGGUUAAUGAUUGGAAAAAUGUGUUAAGGGAAAGUGAAGCUACUAUUGCCGCUGGAGCUGACUAUUCUCCUCAGCUCUGUAUGUGUAGAGCUGAAGCUCUUUUGAAGCUCCACCAACUCGAAAAUGCUGAAUCAUGCUUAUCAAAUAUUCCAAAAUUAGAACCAUAUAGCAACUCUUGCUCACAGAGCAGGGUUUUUGGGAUGCUUUCUGAAGCUUACACUUUCUUAGUUAGAGCACAGAUUGAGAUGUCAAUGGGAAGGUUUGAUAAUGCACUUACAGCUGCUGAGAAAGCUGGACAGAUUGAUCCACGGAAUGUUGAAGUGUCAGUGCUGCUUCACAAUGUGAGAUUGGUGGCUAGAGCUCGUGCCCGUGGCAAUGAUCUCUUCAAAUCUGAGAGGUACACUGAAGCUUGCUCAGCAUAUGGGGAAGGCCUUAGGCUUGAUCCUUCAAACUCUGUUCUCUAUUGCAACAGAGCUGCGUGUUGGUUUAAGCUUGGACUGUGGGAGAGGUCUAUCAAUGACUGCAACCAAGCAUUGCACAUACAACCUAAUUAUGCAAAAGCCCUUCUUCGAAGAGCUGCCUCAAAUAGCAAGCUAGAAAGGUGGGCUGAUGCAGUGAGGGAUUAUGAGGUUCUGAAGAGGGAACUUCCAGAUGACAAUGAUGUUGCUGAAUCUCUAUUUCAUGCUCAAGUUGCGUUGAAGAAAUCACGUGGAGAAGAAGUGUACAAUAUGAAGUUUGGUGGUGAAGUGGAGGAAGUAUUGGGGCUUGAGCAAUUCAGAGCUGCAAUAUCUUUACCUGGUGUCUCGGUAGUUCAUUUCAAAUCAUCCUCUAAUUUGCACUGCAAACAAAUAUCUCCCUUUGUGGAUACCCUAUGCAGCCGCUAUCCAUCCAUAAAUUUUCUCAAGUUGGAUAUUGAAAACAACCCAGCAGUUGCAAAUGCUGAAAACGUGAGGAUUGUACCAACAUUCAAGAUAUACAAGAAUGGUAAUCGAGUGAAGGAGAUUGUUUGCCCAAGUCGUGAUAUGUUAGAACACUCAGUGAGGCAUUACAGCUUUUAAAACUCAUGGCUCCCCAUGUAUCACUAUCCUCCCGGUCUUCACAUUUCCUUCUUGCUAAGCGAAAACCCUGUUUGAUGGGAAAUCUUUACUGCCCUCCAGUCUUUCCUCCCACCAUGUAAGGAUUACCAGAUACCUAUCACAUAAACAAAAGCUACAUAAUAAUCCAUUAGCAGCCAUUGCUAGAGGAACCCAGAGAGAUAGCUUAGUUCUCCUCUAGCUGUUUAAUUUAUUCAUUCAUUCCUCAUUGCUCUCUGGUUCCAUGUUCUUCCUUCCAUCUCUUUUUGUUAUUUUUUGUAUGCUCUUUGGAACUUUUUCUUUUUACAUUUUCUUGUAGGCCAGCCUGUUGUUGUAUCCCCACUUUUAUUCACAGGAAAAAAAGAAAAAUGAGGGGCAAAAAAAAAAAAGUACAAUUGAUUAGGGAGGUUCCCUAGUUGUUUGAGAGAGAGAUUGGCAGGCUGGUAGAAGAGGAUCUUGUACAUGUAUAUACGUGAUAAAUACAGAAAGAAAUGGAAGGCCUGAGGGAGAUUGGAUGCCUGGUGGGUACUUAUGGGUUAGUGAAACAAGGAUAAAUAUGUUGUUAUUAAUAUUGUUGUUUAUUUCCUCAACCAUUUCAUUUCAUCAAUAAAAAAAAUCCCCAUUUUUUCA